CUUCGCGGCCAAAAGGCACCCCUCCAUUCUAACUGCCGUAACCCCCUUCUAAUUCCUCUCCACAGAAAGGUUGAGAAACUCCAGAAUCAGGACUUCUCUCAACUUUCACAAUUAAAAAAAGAAAAACGAAGAAAAUAGAAAAUGUUGAGAUCUCUUUAUCGUCCUCUGCCGAUUCUCUGCAUUUCUUUGAAUGAGAGUCUCAUCCGAUCCUCUUAUCGUCCAUCAAUCAGCACCGUCCAGAGCACAGCACGUGCCGUCUCUCUCCUCUCGCGUUUCGCCACUUCCAAAGGUUACAAGGAUAAAGCUGCGAGUCAUGAUUAUAGAGCUAUGCCAACCUUAGCAAAUCCAUCAUCAUCUGUACUAUCAACAUUAGCUGAUGAUGAAGAGGCGGUUGAACUGCUCGUUGCAACCAAUGACACCCAUGGAGGAGUCAUAGUUGACAUGAAGGUGCCAAUGGAUUCUGAAGCCUUUGUUUCUUCUCUAAGAGCGUCGAUAUCUCAUUGGAGGAAACAGGGUAAAAAGGGGAUUUGGAUCAAGAUGCCCAUUGAGCUCGUAAAUCUUGUUCAAGCUGCUGUCGAGGAGGGGUUUUCGUACCAUCAUGCAGAGCCAACCUACUUGAUGCUUGUGUAUUGGAUUCCGGCUACUGUUAACACUCUCCCCAUCAAUGCUACACACAGAAUUGGCGUUGGUGGUUUUGUGAUGAAUGAUAGAAGAGAGGUGCUCGUAGUCCAGGAAAAGGGUGGCAAACUCCAAGGCACAGGUGUAUGGAAGUUUCCUACUGGAGUAGUUAAUGAGGGUGAGGAUAUUUAUGCUGGGGCAGUAAGGGAAGUUAAAGAAGAGACAGGAAUUGACACGGAAUUUGUAGAAGUACUUGCAUUCAGGCAAAGCCACAAGUCAUUCUUUGAGAAGUCAGAUUUAUUCUUCAUAUGCAUGUUACGCCCCCUCUCCUCCAACAUUCAGAAGCAAGAAACAGAAAUCGAGGCAGCCCAGUGGAUGCCAAUCGAGGAAUAUGCGUCCCAACCUUUUGUACAGAAACACGAGCUUUUUAAAUACGUCGCCAAUAUUUGCUUGGCAAAGACAGGGAAAGGGUAUUCUGGAUUUUCACCAGUAUGUGCAAAAUCAAGCCUCUCUGGUCGGCAAAGCCAAUUGUAUUUAAACAGCAGGGAUGUGAACCAGCCUUAAGUUCUGGUAACGAGUCCUAGCACUACUGCCUACUAGUGCUGUCUGUUGCAUUAUUUUAUGUACAUUGUUCAAUUUAUUACAUGUACUCUUCCCUGUCAAGGUAAGAGAAAUAAAUUAACUUUUAUUCAUUCACCUUAGCUCAUCUUCUUUUCAAAUUUUUACUCAAGAAAUGACAAGAACCACAUUGGAUUUUAGUAGAAAAUAGAAAAGUGAUUUCUCU